CAAUAAAUGCUAAAACUAACUCUUUGUGUAUUGUUGGUGCUUGGUGCAACAGCCAUCAAUGUCUAAUCCUCCAUCUGGACUAGUAGAGACUAAAAGGCUCUUGCUUAAAUUCACUCAUCUGGUUGGGGAAAGUUCAUUUUGAAUUAUGCCGAACUCCACAUGUCAACCGGAGGUAUUCUCUCUGAACUCAACAGCGAAAUUGAAAAACUCGUUGGUGAAUUAGAAGAGGAAUUAGCUGGAGUCCAUCACGAAUAUAACAGAAGAACUGACGUUCAUAACAGAGAAGUAGCAAGACUUGAAUAAGAAAUCUAAGACAAGGAAAGAGAACUCUUCAACGCUCACGAUUUCUAUGAUAAUGUCCUCAUCCCAUAAAGAGAUAGAUUUGCUGCCUAACUUGAAUAAUUAUAAGAAAACAUCGCCUAAAACAGAAGAACACUCCAAGAAUCCACAGUCUAAAGAGAAAACGAUCACGAGACCUUUGAAGCUUAAGUUCGUCGAACACAACGAUGCUAUUGGUGCCAUCGAUGA